AUGGAUCUACACCUGCUCUCUACAGCCUGUCUCCUUUUUGGGGGCGUCCAGAUCACACAGCAGACUCAAACCCACAUGAGCGCUGUGUCCACUUUCCUGUUUUCUCCUCGUGGGCCUCAGAUGUUCCCCUGUCUGACAUACUUGGAGCGCAAUGUGAGGGUGGACUGUGAGUUUCCUCCCUCCUAUCAGAUCCCUGGCCCGUAUUGUGAGUACAGACAGGACAGUCGGAUGGUGGGCACCACUGUCCCAAAUCAGGUCAUAUAUGUGAAUGUGGAGGACCGCAGAAGGAGCAACGUUAGCCUGGUCUACCCAAACCUGUGCCGCCUCAUCUGGGCGCCUCUGGCAGAUGAGACUCCAAAGACCUACACAUGCAGAGUGUACCAGGGCAGCAGCUGGAAAGAGAACAGCAUGGCUGUGCAUCACAGAAUCCUUCCAAUCUGCUCUGCACUAAAUAUUCAGUCAUCUUUAUGGUUAAUAAUGAUUGCUUUGUCUCUCCCUUUGCUUAUACGCCAUUUGAUUCCGUUAUCAUAA